CUGUUGAGGAAUUUUCUUUUUGGCUUGCCGAAUACCAGAUGCUGCUCUUGUCCCUUGUGAUUUUUUUCAAGCCUUGCUGAAUUUGCUAAUAAGUUCUGAAUGCCGAGAACGGGAAGUGAAUCCCCUGGGGAGGCAGAAAGUGGAGUUAUCGAAAGUAAAAGAAAACUUCUUCCUGGAGGUGUUUCCAUCCCCACCCCCCCUCAUCCCCACCCUGUUUCAUGGGAAUUUUCUCUGGUUGUGUGGAAAAGCCUUAGGAAUUUGUAUGAAAUUAGGCAGUUCAGGGGUCUUGGCAUCGGCACUUGGUGACUGUGAUGUCGCUGGGACAGGGUGGAGCAGACUUUAUGGGCAGAAUCAAAUGGUAGUGAAAGGCAUCGAUAUUACCACGGCAACUGUACCUAGCCCUCUACAGGUGAGAAGGAACUUUCAGAUACUUUGUGUAAUCCGCUCAGCCCUAAGGCUACAAUUAACAUUCUCCUGACACUUGACCAACAUGGAUUUCAGUAAAUGUCUGUAUAAUAUUGGGGAACAGCUGGGCAGUGACGAGCUGGCCUCCCUCAAAUUCCUGAGCCUGGACUACAUCCCACAAAAGAAGCAAGAACCCAUCAAAGAUGCCUUGAUGUUAUUCCAGAGACUCCAGGAAAAGAGAAUGUUGGAGGAAAGCAACUUGUCCUUCUUGAAGGAGCUGCUUUUCCGAAUUAAUAGACUGGACCUGCUGUUCAACUACCUGAACACCAGCAAGGAAGCGAUGGAGCAGGAGCUUCAGAUACCAGGCAGAGCCCAGAUCCCUCCCUACAGGGUCAUGCUUUUUCAGAUUUCAGAAGAUGUAAACAAAUUGGAAUUGAGGUCGUUUAAGUUUCUUUUGAGCCAGGAGAUCUCCAGAUGUAAAGUGGAUGAUGAUAUGAACUUGCUUGAUAUUUUCAUAGAGAUGGAAAAGAGGGUCAUCCUAGGGGAAAGAAAUUUGGACACUCUGAAAAGAAUCUGUGACCAAAUCAACAAGAGCCUGCUGAAGAAAAUCACUGAUUAUGAAGAAUUAAGCAGAGAGGGAAGAACGAGCCUUCAAAGAAGUCCAGAUGAAUUGUCAAAUGGGGAGGAAUCCCUGGCAAUGAUGGCAUUAUCGGACUCUCUAGAAGAACAGGACAGUGAGUCACAGACAUCGGACAAAGUUUACCGAAUGAAAAGCAAACCUCGCGGAUAUUGUUUGAUCUUUAACAAUUAUGAUUUUAGCAGAGCACGGAAGGAUGUGCCCAAACUUCAGAACAUUAAGGAUAGGAAUGGAACAAACUUCGAUGCAGAAGCUUUGAGUAAGACCUUUAGUGAGCUUCAUUUUGAGAUUGUGAAUUUCAAAGACUCUACAGCAAAGACAAUCUGUGAAGUUCUGAAAUCCUACCAAAGAAUGGACCAUAAUAACAAAGAUUGCUUCAUCUGCUGUAUCCUCUCCCAUGGAGACAAAGGCAUUAUUUAUGGCUCUGAUGGGCAGGAAGCCCCCAUCUAUGAGCUGACUUCUUACUUCACUGGUUCAAAGUGCCCUUCCCUUGCAGGCAAGCCCAAAAUCUUUUUUAUUCAGGCUUGUCAAGGGGAUAACUACCAGAGAGGUAUAGCUGUUGAGACUGACUCCGAACAGAAGGAAGACUACUUAGAAAUGGACUCAUCAUUUCAGAAGAGAUAUAUCCCAGAUGAGGCUGAUUUUCUGCUGGGGAUGGCCACUGUGAACAACUGUGUUUCCUACCGAAACCCUACGGAGGGGACCUGGUAUAUCCAGUCACUUUGCCAGAGCCUAAGAGAAAGAUGUCCUAGGGGUGAAGAUAUCCUCACCAUCCUUACUGAGGUGAACUUUGAAGUGAGCAAUAAGGAUGACAAGAAAAACAUGGGGAAACAAAUGCCACAACCUACUUUCACACUGAGGAAAAAACUCUUCUUCCCUCUUAAUUGAUGCUGUUUAGUUGCAUAACACUAUGCUUAAUUUAUUUGUUAGUAAAAUGCUGCUAUCAGCUUAUUUUUUUUCUUUUGGAUGGCAGGAAGGGGAGAGAAUGGAAGUCAGGAAAACUUAAUUCCUAUGCAAAUUCAAGCCUAAACCUCUGGCUUUGCAAUAAUAACUAUUGGAGAUUGAUAGCCACAGGCAUGGUUUUAAUUUUAUUUUUGAUUCAAUGAAAAAGUUCCUAAAAAACUUACAGUAGAUAAAAAAUACAAUAAGUAUAAAUGAAAUGUAACAUCAUAAAGUUCAAAAGCAGUGGCAGAAUGUUCUUUGUACAUCUCUCAUCUGCUUUCAACCUAGAAUCAUUUUUCUAAAUGUUUGUGAGAGACACAGAGCAUGAGUGUGGGGGUGGGGGUGGGCAGAGAGAGAGAGACACACACACAGAAUCUGAAGCAGGCUCCAGGCUCUGAGCUGUCAGCCCAGAGCCCCACACAGGGCUUGAACUCAUGAACUGUGAGGUGAUGACCUGGGCCAAAGUUGGGCGCUUAGCCAGCAGAGCCACCCAGGUGCCUCUCAACCUAGAGUCAUUUGAUUCCCUUCAAAUUGUUAAGCAUUAAAUAAAUAAAAAAUAAAAUAAAAUAAAAAGGAUGUUAUUCCAAAGCUUUAACCUGGGACACAGAGUUAAUGGUGGUGCAGAGAUUUCAUAAGGCAUAAGAAGACUGGAAGUGGAGAAAGCAAUUUCCCACUUGAGGACUCAGAAUUAAGUGAAUGUUGUUCAAGUAUUGGGAGACGAUGUCAAGAAAACCAUAAUUCUCCUCCUUUCCAUGAAAGAACGAAUUCCUCAUUCUUGGUUCCUAUGAGAAUUUGUCAGGCUUACAUUCCUGCUAACUGGAUGUGAUUCUAUGGGGCAGAAGGUGAGGUACAACUGUAAAAGGUGUUGUUAAAAAGGAGACAGUAGGCCCCAAAUGGAGUCCCUUGUGCUAAACUCCAUGUCAGCAAGUUAAGACUUAAUACCUAACCCAAAUGCAAUUCCCCAGGAAUAUAAUCUUUAGUCAAUCAACACGGAAUCACCUGGUUAGCACUGGUGAAAUAAUCCUCCUGAUUAACUCUUUCCAUUCCCCUUAGGAGAGUGACCUAAUUCAAUUUGAUCUUUAAAUUUACUCAGUUAAAUUUCUGUUGUUUAACAGUAUGCAGGGGGAUGCCAGUGACCUCCUCUCAAAGGUCACUGAGGGAGAUUUUGUGAUCUGACCUAGCUAAGAAAACAAACAAACAAA